AUGCACAACCUCAAGCUAGGAGUAGAAGUUGAGAGUGCUCACAAUCUUAUCCCUAAAGAUGGGAAACACUCAUUCAUCACUACUUUCGUGGAGCUUCACUUUGAUGGCCAGAAGUUCCGUACCACUGUGAAAGAAAGGGAUCUUCAUCCUGUUUGGUCUGAGAGUUUCUUCUUUAACGUUUCUGAUCCCACUGAUUUGCCUAACCUGAAGCUUGAGGCUGUUGUUUACAGCAACAAUAAGAAUGGCCGUUCAAGAUCCUCUAUUGGGAAAGUUUGCAUCAGUGGAACAUCAUUUGUUCCCUAUUCUGAUGCUGUCUUGCUGCAUUAUCCUCUAGAAAAGGCAGCCAUUUUCUCGCGUGCUCGAGGGGAGCUUGGCCUGAAAGUGUUUGUUACUGAUGACCCUUCUGUUUGGUCCUCAAAGCCUUUUCCUGCAAUGGGUUUUUCUUCACAAGUGAGCUCACAGUCAAAUGUAGCAGAAUCAAUUGCCCAGAAAUUUGCAGGCUCAGUUCCUGAAUCAUUCUCUGCUGGCAAGAAGGAGUUGGGACAUAUUUUUAGCAAUCUUCCAAAUCAAUCUUCAUAUGCAGAUUCUAGGGUGAAUCAGAUGAGGUUUGAACCUCAUCAGAAGGCUUCAAAACCGGUCCAUAUGUAUCCAGGUUCAUCAUCACAGCCAGUUGAAUAUUCACUUAAAGAGACCAGCCCUAUUCUUGGAGGGGGAAGAGUUGUGGGAGGAGUCAAGAGAGCAAUCACUCAUGACCUUGUAGAGCCUAUGCAGUUUAUGUUUGUACGAGUUGUGAAAGCCCGCGGUCUUCCUUCGAAAGAUGUCACAGGGAGUCUUGACCCUUAUGUUGAGGUAAGAGUUGGGAAUUACAAAGGAAUCACAAGGCACUUUGAGAAAACAGGAAAUCCAGAAUGGAAUGCUGUGUUUGCCUUCGCGAAAGAGAGGAUGCAGUCAUCAGUUUUAGAUGUUGUGGUUAUGGAUAAGGACAUUCUGAAAGAUGGUUUUGUUGGAAUUGUUAGAUUUGACCUCCAUGAGAUCCCCACAAGAGUGCCUCCAGAUAGUCCAUUGGCUCCAGAAUGGUAUCACCUGGAAAACCAGAGAAGGGGAAAGAAAAAUGGAGAACUAAUGCUUGCUGUCUGGAUUGGGACACAAGCUGAUGAGGCUUUCCCUGAUGCUUGCCAUUCAGAUGCAGCUAGUCCAGUCGAUAUCUCAGUUCCUCCUUCACACAUUCGCUCGAAAGUCUACCACUCCCCUAGGCUAUGGUAUGUUAGAGCCAAUGUGAUUGAAGCACAGGACUUGGUUGCAGGUGAGAAAAAUCGUUUCCCAGAUGUUUAUGUCAAGGCACAGAUUGGAAACCAGGUACUCAAGACAAGAUCAGUGAGAAGUCAGACCAUGAAUGCAAUGUGGAAUGAGGAUCUCAUGUUUGUUGCUUCAGAACCCUUCGAAGAACACCUUAUACUCUCUGUUGAAGAGGCUUCCAACAAAGAUGAGAUCUUUGGGCAGGUCAUUAUACCAUUGAGCACUGUCGAAAAGCGUGCUGAUGAUAGAAUUGUUCAAUCCAGAUGGUACAACCUGCAAAAAUCAAAUGGAGAUGGCACUGAGGAGCCUAAGAAGUAUAAGUUUGCUACUCGGAUCCAUCUUCGCGUCUCCCUUGAUGGAGGGUAUCAUGUGCUGGAUGAAUCAGCUCACUAUAGCAGUGAUUUCAGACCAACAGCAAAACAACUUUGGAAACCAUCAGUAGGAAUCUUGGAAGUAGGCAUUUUAAAUGCAAACGGUCUCCAUCCGAUGAAGACAAGAAAUGGAAGGGGUACAAGUGACACAUAUUGUGUUGCUAAAUAUGGCCACAAAUGGAUCCGCACCAGGACUAUAAUUGACAGCUUGAGUCCAAAAUACAAUGAGCAGUACACUUGGGAGGUUUAUGAUCCUGCCACUGUUCUUACAGUAGGUGUGUUUGAUAAUGGGCAGCUUGGUGGUGAGAAGGGCUCAAAUGGAGGAAAGGACUUGAAAAUUGGGAAGGUUCGUAUUCGAAUCUCUAGUCUUGAAACCAACCGGGCUUACACACAUUACUAUCCUUUACUGGUGCUUCACCCUUCUGGUGUUAAGAAGAUGGGGGAACUGCACCUUGCUAUCCGGUUCACUUGCACAUCAUUUGUUAAUAUGAUGUUUAUGUAUUCGAGACCUCUCCUGCCCAAAAUGCAUUAUGUGAGACCAUUGUCUGCAACACUGCAAGAUAUGCUGCGCCAUCAGGCUGUCAAAAUAGUGGCAACCAGGCUAGCCCGGGCUGAGCCUCCUCUGAGAAAGGAAGUGGUUGAAUACAUGAGUGAUGCAGAUUCACAUCUUUGGAGCAUGAGGCGUAGCAAAGCAAACUUUCACCGUCUCAUGUCAGUCUUCAAUGGACUGUUUUCUCUUGCAAAAUGGUUUGGGGAUGUUUGCAGGUGGAAGAGCCCUGUCACCACAGUGCUAGUUCACAUUCUCUUCGUUAUGCUUGUUUGCUUCCCGGAGCUGAUUCUGCCAACUUUGUUUCUCUACAUGUCUGUAAUAGGCCUCUGGAGCUACAGAUACAGGGAAAAGUACCCAUCUCACAUGAAUACAAGAAUGUCUUAUGCUGAUUCAGCACAUCCCGAUGAGCUUGAUGAGGAAUUUGAUACAUUUCCCACAUCAUGUAGCCUGGAACUGGUCCGAAUGAGGUAUGAUCGCCUAAGAUAUGUUGCAGGCAGAAUUCAGAAAGCUGUGGGUGAUGUAGCAACCCAGGGAGAGCGGUUCCAGGCACUACUAAGCUGGAGAGAUCCUCGCGCCACAGCCAUUUUUAUCAUGUUCUGCAUUCUUGCUGCCAUUGUGUUUUAUGUGACACAUUUCCAGAUAUUCACUGUGAUUGCAGGCUUUUACAUGAUGAGGCAUCCUAGGUUUCGGCAUAAAUUGCCUCCAGCCCCUCUCAACUUUCUCCGUCGAUUACCAGCCAAGACUGACAGCAUGUUGUAG